ACUUCCAGGCCAGCUGCGUUGUUUGUAUGUUUUAAAUCGCCUUUAACGCCUUUUUUUCCACCUUUUCCAAAUAUGUCAUGUUGCAAUGACAUCACGCCUUGCAGCGUCUUCAAGUUGAGUUGAUCUUCUUUUAUUCCUGUGUUUGCAGGUUGAAAGGGAGUGGGUGUUAGAGUGGACGCAAACAGAGACUUCCAGUCCGAGGCACUGCAGGCUCCAGUCCAGACAGAGAUGCAGUUGCGACGGCAAUAUUGUCCAGUCCAGUGUGUUCCCGGCGAUGUCAGGAGAUCUUGUGCAGAGACUCCGCACCUUCAUCACCAGUGUCAAGCACCUGGGUCACCUGGACAUCACUCCGGCCGCCUUGCCGCUGCCCAGCCCGACCGUCUCCUACGCCCAAGUGCCCGACUUGUUCCAGGAACCCUACGUCCUGUCGGGCUACCGUCCCGUCCGGCAGAAGUGGCACUGUUACCUCCUCAGCCUCUUCCAGGUACACAACGAAAGUCUCAACGUGUGGACUCACUUGCUGACCGUACCCGUGUUGCUGCUCCACUGGCGGGUCCGAGCGGGCGCACUGGGGUUCAGCUUGGGAGCAGCCUCCCUGCCCCUGUUCCUGUUCCUGGUGUCCUCGCUGAUGUAUUUGCUCCUCAGCGCCGCGGCUCACCUGUUCCAGUCGCACUCUGAGCACGCGCACUACUUCUUCUUCUUCAUGGACUACGUGGGCGUGGCCGUCUAUCAGUACGGCUGUUCCCUCGGACAUUACUUCUACGCGUCCCAGUCGGCGUGGAGGAGCAGCUGCCUCGGACAGCUCUUCCUGCCCGGAGCCGCUUUCUUCGGCUGGCUGUCCUGCGCCGGCUGCUGUUUCGCCAAAUCCCGAUACCGCCGACCGUAUCCCGUGGGCAGGAAGGUGUGCCAGCUGAUCCCGACCUCGCUGGCGUACGCGCUGGACAUCAGCCCCGUGCUCCACCGCCUGCUCACCGCUCCCUGGGCGGAGGAGCCCUCGCUGCCCUUCCACGCGCUCCAGAUCGCAUGCUUCCUGCUGUGCGCCGUCUUCUUCUCCUGUCCCGUCCCGGAGCGCCUCUUCCCGGGCCGCUGUGACUUUGUGGGCCAGGGGCACCAGAUCUUCCACCUGCUCCUGUCGCUGUGCACGCUGUUCCAGCUGGAGGCGCUGUUCCAGGACUACGUCAGGCGGAAGGACACGCUGGUCGAGGUGUUUGGCGAGAGGCAGCUGUGGUGGGCCUGCGCCGUCUUCCCGGUCCUGUUUCUGUCUUGCGUUUUGACUGCGCUCCUCGCCAUGAGGCACAAACACAAGCAACUGCAGGCUCAGAAAGAGAAAUGAACAUGCACACGUAUCCCUCGUGGGAGGAGCGAUCGCAUUUAUUCAGAGUUGCAUAUGCAUGGGCUUAUAGCCAGUGUAUCGGGACUUUGAUUAGUAUGUAUUGCUAAUAACCAAGGUGUCGGUAUCUUUAAUUAUUGGCAGGAGGAGUGAUCGCACUGAUUAUAAAGCACAUUGAGGCUAAAUUCAAGCUUGGGGGGUGUGGAUCACAGUGCUGAUGUCCGCCAAAUACUUUGACUAAUGGAUUAUUGCAGUUCUUACUAUUUAUAGUUGUUAUUAAUAACUGGAAAGAGGAGCGAUCACACUGAUUAUAAAACACAUCAACGCUAAAUUCAAACCUGGUGGGUGUGGAUCCCAGCACUCAUGUCAAACACUUUGACAGGUGGACUUUUUCAGGUCUUGCUAUUUAAUGUUGUUAAUAACUGGCAAGAGGAGCGAUCGCACUGAUUAUAAAGCAGAUCAAGGCUAAAUUCAAACUAGGUGGGUAUGUAUCACAGUGCAUACGUCCACCAAAUACUUUGACUCGUGGGUUAUUUCAGGUCUUACUAUUUAUCCUUGGUAUAACUAGCAAGAGGAGCGAUCCCACUGAUUAUAAAGCACAUCGGGGCUAAAUUCAAACUCAGUGGGUGUGGAUCACAGUGCUUAUGUCCCCCAAAUACUUUGACUAAUGGAUUAUUUCAGUUCUCGCUAUUUAUCGUUGUUAUUAAUAACUGGCAAGAGGAGCGAUCGCACUAAUUAUAAAGCACAUCAAGGCUAAAUUCAAGCCCGUUGGGUGUGGAUCACAGCACUCAUGUCAGUCAAACACUUUGACAGGUGGACUUUUUCAGGUCUUGCUAUUUAAUGUUGUUAUUAGUAACUGGCAAGAGGAGCGAUCACAUGGAUUAUAAAGCAGAUCAAGGCUAAAUUCAAGCUCGGUGGGUGUGGAUCAUAGUUAUCACGUCCCCCAAAUACUUCAACUAAUGGAUUAUUUCAGUUCUCACUAUUUAUUGUUGUUAUUAAUUACUAGCAAGGGGAGCGAUCACACUGAUUACAAAGCACAUCAAGGCUAAAUUCAAGUUCGGUGGGUGUGGGUCACAGCACUCAUGUCAGUCAUGUCAGUCAAACAAUUUGACAGGUGGACUUUUUCAGGUCUUGCUAUUUAUUGUUGUUAUUAAAAACUGUCAAGAGGAGCGAUCGCACUAAUCAUAAAGCACAUCAAGGCUAAAUUCACACUACGUGGGUAUGGAUCACAGUGUUCACGGCCGCCAAAUACUUAAGACACAUGGAUUAUUUUAGAUGUUAGUAUUUAUCCUUGGUAUAACUAGCAAGAGGAGCGAUCGCACUGAUUAUAGAGCACUUUGGGGCUAAAUUCAAGCUUGGUGGGUGUGGAUCACAGUGCUCACGUCCGCCAAAUACAUUGACUAAUGGAUUAUUGCAGUUCUUACUAUUUAUAGUUGUUAUUAAUAACUGGAAAGAGGUGGACUUUUUCAGGUCUUAUUUAUUGUUGUUAUCCAAGGUUUUAUGUCAGUGUUAUCAAUAACUCCUACGAGGCGCGAUCGCACUGAUUAUAAAUACCGUCUCGGCUCAGAUUCACGUUUUUAAAGUCAAACUGGGUGGUUGUGGAUGACAAAUACUUUGACUCGUUAAUUAUUUCAUGUAUUUUCGUUUAUCGUUAGUAAUAACUGGCAAGAGGUCUUACUAUUUAUUGUUAUUAUCCAAGGUGUUGUGUCAGUGUUAUCAAUAACUGGCACGAGUAACAAUCGCACUGAUUAAAAAUCCUGUCUCGGCUAACCACAUUUUUUAAAUCAGGCUAGGUGGUUGUGGAUGACAAAUACUUUGACUAGUGAAUUACUUAAUGUCUUUCUGUUUAUUGUUAUUAUCCAACUGUAAUAAUAAUUGGCAGGAGGAGCAAUCACACUGAUUAUAAAGCAUGUUGAGGCAUGAAUCAAGAACAAUUGGUGUGGAUCACAAUGAUCACAUCUGUCAAAUACCUAAAUGGAUUAUUUCACUUCUUUCUAUUUAUUCUUGUUAUCCAAGAGCAGCGAUCGCACUGAUUAUAAAGCUAGCCAAGGCUCAGACCCACCUAUAAAAACAAGCUGGGUGGGUGUAGAUCGCAGCAUUCCAGUUAGUCAAACUGGUUGUGGAUUAUUUCAGAUCUUUCUAUUUGUUAUUAUCCAAGGUAAUGGUAAUAAUAAUAACUAUCAGGAGGAGCGAUUGCACUGUUUAUAAAGCACAUAAAGGCUAAAAUCAAGCCGGGUGGGAUCACAGCACUCGUGUCGGUCAAACACUUUGAAUAAUAGGUUUUUCUAUUGUUGUUAUCCAAUGUGUCAGUAUUAUUGAUAACCAGCAAGAGGAGGAGCAAUCACACUGAUCAUAAAGCUUGCCAAGGCUCAGACCCACCUUUUUAAAAUCAAGCUUGGUAGGUGUGGAUUGCAAACACUUUGACGUCUGAAUUAUUUCAGGUCUUUCUAUUUGUUGCUAUUAUCCAACGGUAAUAUUAACUGUACCUGUCAAGUGGAGCGAUCGCACUGAAUAUAAAGCAUGUGGAGGCUAAGACCGAGCUGGAUUGGUGAGGAUCGCGGUGCUAACACCAAACACUUUGAAUAAUGGAUUAUUUAAGGUCUUGCUAUUUAUCGUUGUUAUCCAAGGUUUCUGUGUUAUUAAUAACUGACAAGAGGAGCAAUUGCACUGAUUAUAAAGUUUGUUGAGGCUCGCAGCUACCCAUAAAAUUAAGCUGGGUGGGUGUGGAUAACAGUGCUAAUGCCGGUCAAACACUGACUGGUGGAUUCUUUCAGGUUUUUCUAUUUAUUGUUGUUAUCCAAGAGGAAUGAUCGCACUGAUUAUAAAGCUAGUCCAGGCUCAGACCAACCUUUUUAAAAUCAAGUGGUAGUGGAUCGCAAACACUUUGAAUAGUGAAUUAUUUCAGGUCUUUCUAUUUAUUGCUAUUAUCCAACGUAACAGUAAUUUUAAUAACUGUCAGGAGGAGCAAUCGCACUGAUUAAGUAUGUCAAGGCUAAAAUCAAGCUAUGUGGGUGUAGCUAGCAGUGCUCACUCACACCAGUCAUAUCCUUUGAAUAAUGGAUUAUUCUAGGUAUUUCUAUAUAUUGUUGUUAUCCAAGGUGUUAUUGAUGACUGGCGAGAGGAGCGAUUGCACUGAUUAUAAAAAUAGCCAAGGCUCAAACCCAUUUGUUUUAAAAUAAGCUGUUUGGGUGUAGAUCGCAAACACUUCAACUAGUAAAUUAUUUAAGGUCUUUCUGUUUGUUGCUAUUAUCCAACUGUCAAUAUUAACUGUUAACUUUACCUGACAAGAGGAGCGAUCACACUGAUUACAGAAGCAUGUGGAGGAUAAAACCAAGCUGGCUUGGUGUGGAUUGCAGUACUAACACCAAAUACUUUGACUGAUGGAUUAUCUCAGGUCUUGCUAUUUAUUGUUGUUAUCCAAGGUUUCUGUGUUAUUACUAACUGGCAAGAGGAGUGAUUGCACUGAUUAUAAAGCUUGUCGAGGCUCAGAGUCACCUAUAAAAUUAAACUUUGUGGGUUUGGAUCACAGUGCUAAUGCAGGUCAAACACAGACUGGUGGAUUCUUUUAGGUUUUUCUAUUUAUUGCUAAUAUCCAAGGUGGGAUUAAUAACUGUCAGGGGGAGCAAUCGCACCGAUUAUAAAGUAUGUUGAGUCUGAGCUCAAGCUGGGUGCGAGUGAAUCACAAUGCUAAUGCAGGUCAAACACUGACUGGUGGAUUAUUUCAGGUCUUUCCAUUUAUGGUUAUUAUCCAAGGUGUUAUUAAUGACUGUUAGGAGGAGCGAUCGCACUGAUUAUAAAGCACGUCAAGGCUAAAAUCAAACUGGGUGGGAGUGGAUUACAGCGCUAAUGCCGGUCAAACACUGACUGGUGGAUUCUUUCAGGUCUUUCCGUUCAUGGCUUUUAUCCAAGGUGUUAUUAAUAACCGCCAGGAGGAGCGAUUGCGACUGUUCAAGUAUGU